AUGAUCGUUCAACUCAUAUUUCUCACUGCCCUUGCUUCUUCGACGGGAGUUAUUGUCACUCCUACUGAAGGUCGAAACAACAAAGCCAUCCCGGAUCCACAAGCAGAGUGUCGAUCUUUCUACGCCGACGUCUAUGCAGAGACCAACUCGAAUAUCGAUUUAAAGUCCGUUAUAGGUGGACCAGCAGAGAACCAACAGGCUCUGACUGAACCAAUCAUCUCAUAUUUUGCAGCGGGCAGUACCCUUCCAUCCCAGAUUUUCGCCGCACCCACACUAGAGGUGAAAGAGACGUAUCAAUUAUGGUUCGAACAUUGUCGACCUAAAUCUGGACUGGUCAAAGGGGUUUAUCAAACUCAUCAUGGCUUAGUGGGGAAUGCAGGUUAUUGGAAUGUCCAAGGGGAGUAA